AUGGAGCGGGGCCGGCGGGGCAGCGCGGAGCAGGGCCCGGCCGUCCUGGGCUCGCGGCCCGUCUCCCCGCGCAGCCCCUCGCCCGCCGUCGCCCCCCCCGCGCUGCUCGUCCCUUUCGGCCCCGAGGGCCCGGCCCCGCCGCCCGCCGCGCGGAGGAGCUCCCGACCCGACGCCGCCUUCGAGCCGUUCUCUCCGCGCCCGUCGCCCGAUGGAGCGCAGCCCGGCUGCGGGCGGACCGACGAGCGGGCGCCGGGCCGGGCCGCGCAGCCCCUGGCGCUGGACGUGGGCAGGGCCCAGCCCGAGCCGCUCCCGGUGCCCGCGCUGCUGCCCCUCGGACCGGGCGUCCCAUCGGGCCGCGCCUCGGCGCUGGGCGCGGAGCUCGGCCCGGCGGAGCACGGCGUCCCCGGGAAGCCGCUGCCCAAAGCCGAGUCCAGCGAUCACAUCUCGGCCUGGGCGGCCCCCCGCGCUGUGGGGCUGCCCAAAGCCGUGUCCAGUGAGUUCCUUUCCGCCGGACGCAUCGGGCUGGGCAAGGCGGUGGCUCUCGCCAAGCCGGAGCCCGACGAGCUGCCCCUGUUCGGGAGGUGCGGGGCGUCCCUCAGCCCUACGAGCUCCGGCGGAUCCUCUGAUGCUCUCCUGGGCUGCGCGGGGACGGCCGUGGAGGACGGGGCGUUCCGCAUCACAGUGGUCACCUGGAACGUGGGCACAGCCAUGCCCCCCAGUGAUGUGACGUCGCUGUUGCAUCUCAACACAGGCGAGACGAAUGAUGCAGACAUGAUCGCCAUUGGGCUGCAGGAAGUGAACUCCAAGAUAAACAAACGCCUGAAGGACGCCCUGUUCACAGAUCAGUGGAGCGAGCUCUUCAUGGAUGUCCUGAGCCCCUUCCACUUUGUGUUGGUCAGCACAGUGCGGAUGCAAGGUGUGAUCCUGCUGGUGUUUGCCAAGUACUACCACCUCCCCUUCCUGCAGGACAUCCAGACAGACUGCACUAGGACAGGGCUGGGCGGCUACUGGGGCAACAAAGGAGGGGUGAGCGUCCGUCUCUCCAUCUUUGGGCACAUGGUGUGCUUCCUGAACUGCCACCUGCCAGCACACCUAGAGAAGGCGGAGCAGCGCAAGGAGGACUUUGCCACCAUACUGCACAUGCAGCAGUUUGAGGGAAGGGCAGCCAGUGGCAUCCUGGACCAUGACCUCGUCUUCUGGUUUGGGGACCUCAAUUUCCGCAUUGAGAGCCUCGACAUCCGCUUCGUCAAAUAUGCCAUUGACAGCAACAUCCUUAGCCAGCUCUGGGAGAAGGACCAGCUAAACAUUGCCAAAAGCACCUGGCCGGUCCUGAGCGGCUUUCAGGAGGGACCCCUCAACUUCCCCCCCACAUUCAAGUUUGAUGUGGGCACCAACAAGUACGACAGCAGUGCCAAGAAGCGAAAACCCGCCUGGACUGACCGCAUCCUUUGGAAGAUCAAAUCUCCCAGCUCUGGUGCGGGCGGGCGCCGGCCCAGCCGGGGUGUGCUGUCGGUGAGCCAGCUCUGCUACUGCAGCCACAUGGAGUACAUGGUCAGCGACCACAAGCCUGUAGCUGCCAUCUUUGCUGUGCAGUUUGCUUCCAAGGCAGAUAAGCUCCCGGUGGAGAUCUUUGUGGCUGAUGAGUGGAUCAGGCCUGAGCAAGCAGUUGUCAAGUACAAGAUGGCUGCUGGCUUUCACCGGAGCUCCUGGGAUUGGAUUGGCCUCUACCGGGUGGGUUUUCGGCAUCCUAAAGACUAUGUGUCCUAUGUUUGGGCCAGGAGUGAUGAUGGAGAGCGCUGCGUAGAGAAGCAGCUGUGUGCACAGGUGAUGUUCUCAGAGGAAGCGCUGCCCAAAGGGAAGGGAGAGUACAUCCUUGGCUACUACAGCAACACCUCCAGCAGCAUCGUGGGUGUGACAGAGCCAUUCCAGAUCUCCCUGCCUAGAUCCGAGGAGGGCAGCAGCCCUACGGACAGCUCGGGCAGCAGCUCAGAGGAGGAGGAUGACAGCACUCUUGUCCUGCUGGCUCCCAAAUCCCGCAGCCCCAGCCCGGGCAAGAUGAAGCGGCACCGGAGCCGCAGCCCCAGCCUGGCCAAGUUCCAGGGUCUCAUCCUGCGCCCAUCGAGCCGUGACCGGGGCACCAGCCGCAGCCCCUCACCCCAGAGCCGCCGUGCCCUCACCGGGGACAUCCCUGCCAUCCACCUGCCCCAGAUGGAGCUGGCACGCCGUGGAUCCAAAGCCAAGGAAUCGGGGCAGGUGGCCAACAGCCAGGAGGGCAGCCCAGGUUCCUUCUACCAGACUGUGCGGGAGCCAUGCGUUGCCCGGCGUGCUGCUGUUGACAACCCUCUGGCCAGGGCUGACCCUAGGAACCUGGGCCUGCUGCCUGCACUCCGCCUGGAAACCAUUGACCAAGCCAUGGGCCGACGGAGGGAGAGUGCAGACCAGGGCUAUCCCUGUCGCAGGAUGAGCCCUACCAGCCCUCCUUGCAGCACUUCCCCAAAGGAAGGGGGCAGCCCCCGGGAGCUGGAUGGUUACAGCUGCCCCAUGGGGCGCUGAGGCUGUGCCCUCCUCCCUCCUCGCCGUAGCGCGCUUGCUGUGUGCUUUCCCGUGCCACGUCCCUGCUGUGAGCCAUCCCUCUCCCUUAUUUAUUGCAGUGAAUCACCCCUGCACCCCCGCUGCCUGCCUGCCCUGCUCCUCCCGGGGCUGCAAAGGGGGCACAGGGGAGGGGGUGGUGGUGAGGGAUCCCUUCGUGUGUGUCAGAACUGCGGGCCACUCAGUCCUAGGGCAGGUGAGGGGGCUGGGGGGUGCUGGGGGCCAGGGAUGGUGCUGCAAGUGAGGAUGUUUGCCCCCUCCCCCCGGGGCACAGCACUGCUGCGGGCGCCCUGCAGAUGGGAGCUUGCUUCUUUCCUGCCCUUACCACUGUGCCUCGGGCUUGGACAUAGUGUGAGCAACAAAAUAAAGCAUCCCGCCUGC